ACCAUUCAAAGCUGUUGACAGGAUUCAAAAAUUGAACACUGACUGGAUGGCUGCGGUAAAUAGCUCACGCCGGCGACCCAGACAAACCACAACGUGCCGUCUAAACAUCUGUAUAUAUGUUUUGAAUUUUGGAAAGCUACAACAGAAAGAAAUGGCAACUUCAAUUCGAAAAAUCUCGGCAGCUGUCAUGUUCAUGGUUAUAUUUCUCGUCUUGAACACCGCAUGCCAGGCUCAACUCAACUCUAAGUUUUAUGAGAAAUCAUGUCCAAAAGCUCUCAGUACUAUCCGAACUACCAUCAGAACGGCUAUUGCACGAGAACGAAGAAUGGCAGCAUCUCUCAUUCGUCUGCACUUCCAUGAUUGCUUUGUUCAGGGCUGUGAUGCCUCAAUCCUACUCGACGAGACUUCCUCUAUCAAGAGUGAAAAGACUGCUUUGCAAAACAAAAAUUCUGCAAGAGGUUUUGAAGUCAUUGAAAAGGCAAAAUCUGAAGUAGAGAAGAAAUGCCCUGGUGUUGUAUCCUGCGCAGAUAUCAUUGCUGUGGCAGCAAGGGAUGCAACUGAAUACGUGAAUGGUCCAUCUUAUACUGUGUUGCUAGGAAGAAGGGAUUCAACUACUGCAAGCAGAGCUCGAGCCAACAAGGAACUUCCUAGAUUUACGGAUGGUCUGGACAAACUUAUAUCUCGCUUUCAGAAAAUAGGACUCAAUGCUAGAGACUUGGUUGCUUUGUCAGGUUCUCACACUCUAGGACAAGCUCAAUGUGCUACAUUUCGCGAUAGGAUAUAUAGCAAUGGCAGUGACAUUGAUGCUGGAUUUGCUACCACUCGCAGACGUCGUUGUCCUGCUGUUGGUGGUGACGGAAAUUUGGCUCCACUUGAUCUGGUCACACCCAAUUCUUGGGACACCUAUUACUUCAAAAAUUUGAUCCAAAGGAAAGGACUUCUUGAAUCAGAUCAAGUUCUUUUUAGUGGACGUUCCACAGAUAGUAUUGUCAAAGAAUACAGCAAAAAUCGUGCAGCCUUCAACUCAGAUUUUGCAUCCGCCAUGAUCAAGAUGGGAAAUUAUAAGCCUCUCACUGGUUCUAAAGGACAGAUUAGGAGAAUCUGCAGUGCUGUCAACAAGUAAUUUGUGCUGCUUUCAUUUUGCAACGUGUUAAAAUUUUCCUUAUUCAUCUCUUAUAAAUUGUAUACGAUUAAUGGGUGUUGUUGCUGCACUAAAAAAAGUGCUUGUUCUGCUCUUUUUCAUAAAAUUGUUAUUCUUUGUAUUUCAUCAAGUGUAACUAUAUCUUAUUUGUAAUUCUUUUCAGUGAUUGAAUUUUCAGUUCUUGGAAUAAUAGUACGGGUGUGUUUUAUUCA